AUGGCCAGCAUGGGGUCCAAGGACUGCCGUAAAGACUCAACGGGCGCGCUAGACUUCCGAUUGGCCCGUAUGUUUUGGGCUUACGGACGACAGGAUCCUCCACCAAAUCGAGUUAAACCAAUUCCGAUCAGCCUCAUCCGCCGGAUCGCCAAUGUCAGUACUGAUGGCAGCGCCAAGGACAAAGCGGUCGCUGAUAUGAUCAUUGUCGCUUUCUUUUUCCUUCUCGGACCCGGCGAAUACACAGGUACAGAGAACGAUGACACCCCAUUCCGCUUCCAGGAUAUCCAGCUCUGCAUUGGCCAAAUUGUCAUCCCCUUGCUCACCGCGACGGACGCACAACUCUGGGCCGCCACUAGCGUCUCUCUCACUUUCACCACACAAAAGAAUGGCGCCUGGGGCGAGGUUGUCAAUCAUGGAUUAAGCGGCCACAACCUCCUCUGCCCUGUCAGAGCAGUGGUCCGUCAAAUUAUUCAUCUUCGCUCCCACCAAGCAACACCAGGGACUAUUCUUGCCACCUACUUUCACAACAAUCGCACUUACAAAGUACAAGCUAAAGAUAUCACAGCAGUUCUUCGCGAAUCUGCUCGAGUACUCGGUCAUCAGUACAACUUCUUGGAACAAGACUUCAGUGCACGCUCCCUCCGCGCUGGCGGAGCCAUGGCACUCUUCAAUUCACAUGUCGACAGUGACACCAUUUGCCUCAUCGGACGCUGGCAAAGCGACGCCAUGCUCCGAUAUCUCAACCUCCAAGCCCAACCAGUCAUGCAAGGCUUUGCCAAUCGCAUGCUGCAGGGUGUUGACUAUGUCUUUGUUCCCAAUGAAGUUGCUCUCGCCCCCAUGUACUAA